GGAAUGACCGGGUAGAGGUGCUAGUUUUGGGUGAAAUAGUUUAUGGCUAUUUUGUGACGUUGCAGAGGGCAUCGAUCCAUUUUCCGCACUGGCCUUCCCCCUCCCCCAGUGUCGUCUCUUGCCCGUCCGCGCUUUGCAACAACUCAAAGUGCUGAAGACAGGGCUACCGGAGCGAUGUACCCAGUCGGCCAGCCUCCUGGGCCCCCCGGCGGAGGAGGAGGGGGGCCAGGGGGAGGGGCCCCACCCCCUCGGCCGAGUCCAGCCCCGCCCCCUCCCGUGGCACCCCUGGGCCCGGCCCCUCCAGUGGCGCCCCUGCUGCCUCCCGCGGCUGCGGCCCCGCUGGGGGCGGAGCUGCCCCCUCUGCCCCAGUUCGUGUGCCCCCGGAGGCCCAACGUGGGCACAGAGGGGCGGCCCAUCCUGCUGCGGGCCAAUCACUUCCAGAUCUCGAUGCCCAGGGGCUACCUGCACCACUACGACGUGACCAUCACCCCCGACAAGUGCCCACGCAAGGUCAACAGGGAGAUCAUAGAGACGAUGGUGCAGUCGUACUCGAAGAUCUUUGGGCAGCAGAAGCCCGUGUUCGACGGCCGCAAGAACAUGUACACCCGGGACGACAUCCCGAUCGGGAAGGACAAGGCGGAGCUGGAGGUGACCCUACCGGGGGAAGGCAAGGACCGGGUGUUUCGGGUGGCCAUCAAAUGGGUGGCCCAAGUGAGCCUGUACGCCCUGGAGGAGGUGCUCGAGGGGCGCUCCAGGCACAUCCCCAUGGACGCAGUACAAGCCCUGGAUGUGGUCAUGCGCCACUUGCCCUCCAUGACGUACACCCCCGUGGGCCGCUCCUUCUUUUCGUCGCCGGACGGCUACUUCCACCCGCUGGGAGGCGGACGGGAGGUCUGGUUCGGUUUCCACCAGAGCGUGCGCCCCAGCCAGUGGAAGAUGAUGCUCAACAUUGACGUGUCGGCCACGGCCUUCUACAAGGCGCAGCCCGUGACGGAGUUCAUGUGUGAGGUGCUGGAGCUGCGUGACAUCAACGAGCAGCGCAAGCCCCUGACGGACUCCCAGCGGGUCAAGUUCACCAAGGAGAUCAAGGGCCUCAAGAUCGAGAUCACCCACUGCGGCACCAUGCGCCGCAAGUACCGCGUCUGCAACGUCACCCGUAGGCCCGCACAGCUCCAGUCUUUUCCACUACAGCUGGAGAAUGGUCAGACGGUGGAGUGCACGGUGGCCAAGUACUUCCUCGACAAGUACAAGAUGAAGCUGCGGUACCCGCAUCUUCCCUGCCUGCAAGUGGGGCAGGAGCACAAGCACACCUACCUGCCCCUCGAGGUGUGCAACAUUGUGGCUGGGCAGCGGUGCAUCAAGAAGCUCACGGACAUGCAGACGUCCACCAUGAUCAAGGCAACGGCCCGAUCUGCGCCGGAUCGAGAGCGGGAGAUCAACAAUCUGGUUCGCAAGGCGGACUUCAACACGGACCCCUACGUGCAGGAGUUUGGUCUCUCCAUCAGUAAUACUAUGAUGGAGGUACGAGGUCGCAUUCUGCCUCCUCCAAAGCUACAGUAUGGAGGGCGGACCAAGCAGCAGGCCAUCCCGAACCAAGGGGUGUGGGACAUGCGGGGCAAGCAGUUCCACACGGGGGUCGAGAUCCGCAUCUGGGCCAUCGCCUGCUUUGCGCCCCAGCGCACGUGCCGAGAGGACGCCCUGCGCAACUUCACCCAGCAGCUGCAGAAGAUCAGCAACGACGCGGGCAUGCCCAUCAUUGGGCAGCCCUGCUUCUGCAAGUAUGCCACGGGCCCGGACCAGGUGGAGCCCAUGUUCCGCUACCUCAAGUCCACCUUCCAGGGCCUGCAGCUGGUCGUGGUCGUGCUGCCGGGCAAGACCCCCGUCUACGCGGAGGUGAAGCGUGUGGGGGACACGGUGCUGGGGAUGGCGACGCAGUGCGUGCAGGCCAAGAACGUGAACAAGACGUCUCCCCAGACCCUCUCGAACCUGUGCCUCAAGAUCAAUGUGAAGCUGGGCGGUAUCAACAGCAUCCUGGUGCCCAGCAUCAGGCCCAAAGUCUUCAACGAGCCGGUCAUCUUCCUGGGUGCGGACGUCACACACCCGCCGGCCGGCGACAACAAGAAGCCUUCCAUUGCCGCGGUGGUAGGCAGCAUGGACGCCCACCCGAGCCGGUACGCGGCCACGGUGCGGGUGCAGCAGCACCGGCAGGAGAUCAUCCAGGACCUGGCCUCGAUGGUGAAGGAGCUCCUGAUCCAGUUCUACAAGUCGACACGCUUCAAGCCGAACCGCAUCAUCUUCUACCGGGACGGCGUGUCGGAGGGCCAGUUCCAGCAGGUGCUGCACCACGAGCUGCUGGCGGUGCGGGAGGCCUGCAUGAAGCUAGAGGCGGACUACAAGCCGGGCAUCACCUUCGUGGUGGUGCAGAAGCGGCACCACACGCGCCUCUUCUGCUCGGACAAGAAAGAGCAGAUUGGCAAGAGCGGCAACAUCCCCGCGGGAACCACGGUCGACCUGGGCAUCACCCACCCGACCGAGUUCGACUUCUACCUCUGCUCCCACGCGGGCAUCCAGGGCACAAGCCGCCCGUCGCACUACCACGUGCUGUGGGACGACAACCAGUUCUCUGCGGAUGAGCUGCAGUGCCUGACGUACCAGCUGUGCCACACGUAUGUGCGCUGCACCCGGUCGGUGUCCAUCCCGGCCCCGGCCUACUACGCCCACCUGGUGGCCUUCCGGGCACGCUACCACCUCGUCGAGAAGGAGCACGACAGUGGAGAAGGCAGCCACCAGUCGAGCAACGGCGACGACCGCACAGUCGUGGCGCUGGCGCGCGCCGUCACCAUCCACCCAGAGACCCUGAAGGUCAUGUACUUCGCCUGAGCUCGGCCCCGGGAAAACUCCGGGCCGGCCCGGGGAAAGCGGACCGGGCUGGCCAAGGGGCAGCUGCAGCGUGUGCGCUUUGGUCGCCGGUUUCGGCCGCGGCGGCGCAGCUCCCACGCCGCCCGAGCACCUCCUUGCGGGUGCUUCCGGCUUGCCUGCCAUGCCCGGGUUCGAAGAGGGCCACACGCAGCCGUCGGGAGAGUCCAUUUUAGUCAAAGGCCGUUUUGCCAGUUUUAUGAAUAGAACGCAGCGUCUAUGUUGUUUGGAGGGGCCGGCCGUCGGGAACCGACCCCUCCCUCCCCUCUGCCCGCCUUCCGCCCACCCUUGCACGCAGCUUUUACUGUAUGUCGCCACUGUUGGUGCGUCGCCAUUUGGUCCUUCUCGUGUCCCCCCGCCGCUUGUCGGCUCCGAGCUUCAUUGCCACGUCCGUCUUCUUGUCGUCUGAAUGCACCCAGGGCGGGUGGCUCCCAACACCUCGCAAAGCCCGCCUCUGUUUUAAGCCACGUCUCCGAUUCGCACCACGGUCACACGACCCCUCCCCCUCUUCCCCUCACCACCCCCCACGUUUCGAAGGAGGACGUCUAGAACGGAUAAUUUAUUCGGAGCGCUAGACGACCGAGCGCAUGCCCUAGGCGUCGCUUUCCUCCCCGGAAAUUCCCGUUCGUUGGGCGUCAGAGUUUUCUUAAUGCGUGCGACGGAGGAAGUGAGCGAAAGUUGCACGUCGCUCGAGAGAAAGCGGGGGGUGUCCGAGAGCGAGUCCAUGCGAGCGCCCUUGGAGCCCGCCCCCUCGGAGGCGUUCUUCUGCCGACCGAGGUUGUUUCCCCGGACCCCGCCGGAAUGAUCGCGGCGACUGGGGGUGCGCGUCGCGUAGAAACGGCAGCGCGUGUAGCACCGAACCUUUGGCCAAAAAGUAGGUGCUGUAUCUCGUCCGCUCCCGUCCGCGUCGUCGAACCCCCAAUGCAAGCUCCGUCGGAAUGCCUUGUCCCCGCCUUUCCUUUUAUGUGUCGGUCCUCCGCUCAGGACCGCCGUGAAACGCUCGGGAACGAAUGGCGGUCGGUCGGGAAAAGUGUAACGUACCGGUUGCAGUGCCCGGCGAUUCUUUGCCGUCCCCAUCGCCAUGACCCGGCCGGUCGCCCUGACGUCCCCAUUUUGGUCGCUUCGUCGGAAGGUGCGUCGACGGCAUCCCCCUCGGCCGUGGCGUGCCGAUUUUAUUUAACGAGAUGUUAUCGACGAAGGUUUUAUCACUGUUGCUAAAGGCCCUGCCGCAUUGAGGAAGUGCGGCAACGUCGAUGCAAUGUGUUCAUUAACGAUCGGUCGAGUCGGUCGUCCUCUCUGUUGCCCGACGAUCUUGUCACUUUGCGGUAACGGCAGCACGUCGCAGGCAGCAGUGUCACUCUGGUGCGACUCUUGGCAGCGGAAACGAGAAUGUGUUGUGUUGGACGGCACGUGUUGCAGAGUUUGGUCAAUGAGCAAAUUCUGUACUGGCAAUGCGACAGCGCAAAACUCCGAGAGAGUCCGUUUGGUAAUGUGUCUUUUUUUUUUUUCUAAGAAUUUAACCGUGAACACACCAGUAAAAUCGAGCCAAAUGUGCAGCCAAGGUAACUUGACAAAUGCUUUUAUUACUUGCACGAUUUCCACAUUGUCUGGUGGGCACUUUACUGCUAGCAUCAUAAGAUGAUGUGUGUACACAUGCAUUGAAAGUUAUUAGAAUUCAUCUAGGAAAAGAAAGCAGCGCAGAAUAAUAUGAAGCUUGAGACGGCGUUGAAAAAUAUUUUUUUAUCCCGACCAGGAACUGUCGUUUGCAAUUUGUAAGCGACAUCGGCAUUGCCGGUUGGCUACGCUGGCUUUGCUUUUGGCACUGGCCUUUUGUGUGCUAGAAAUGGGAUUUAUAGCACAGAAUCACUUUGUGUGUUGGCGAAGAAUCGUAAAAAUGCCGGCCAUUUCCUCCUUAGACCUUGCCGUGUCGUCGGCUAAUGCAGAGCAUUCUGAUGAAAUUUAUGGAAAAUGCUCCGCGUUUAUGCCUUUUCCAUUCACUCGCUGGCGGAUGUCGUGCCGUGAGAAUUUGCAAUCCUUUCCAUUUGUGUGCAGCGAUGCCUCGCUGCAGACGAAUUGAAGUAAGUCGCCAUUACUAUUAUUCAAAAAGAAAAUGAAGUGUUGCGGUGGGUCUUUCGUGUUUGUGGCGCAGUAUGAUGGGGCGUUCUCCGACCGUCUGCAAAGGUGCUUGCUGCCGUUGCCGCAACGUGGCACAGUCGCCAAAAAUGUCUUUCCCUCGUUUUUACGGACAAAGUUGUUGAACGGUUUCCUCAAUGUGACGGUGCCUUGGGUGUGUCAAUGGAUUGAUGUGGGAAUCCUCUACGGUUAGAUUACUUCCCGAAAUGCACGGUUUUGUGUAACUGCCAAGCCCUGUAGGAAUCGUAGCGUUGUUUAACCCUCGAGCGGAAAUUGACCCGUAGAUCGCGCCGCCCCCUGGCAAUGGUUCGAACCGUGGGAGCAGACUGCGAGCUGGUUGUGAGGGUACCGGCUGUCGGCUUUAAUUUUCGGGGGAAAAUAUUUUGAUAAUUUUUGCGUUGGCUCGCUUUUUGUGUUUACGGUAUAAAAGUGGACAAGUUUAACUCGUCCCGUUUCAGCCAUACGUCGCGCACGUGAGGGACGAGCGACUGGAAUAGUCUCAUCGGUUCUUAAGCACCAAAGGUUGCAUGUCUCUCUUUUACCCUCGGUGGAAUCGCGAACCCUCUGCGACAACGGUCUGCAAAGAGGCGCCGUUUCGGGGUUUUGCCAUUCAGUGAAAGAAUCGGGUGGUGGCCAUCUUUGCAACCAGCUGGUACAUGCAGUCACAAUUAAUGCCGAUGGCAUUUCGAUUGUGCAGUUGGAAAUGGAAUUGUGCGAGUGUUUUACGCGUUCUCCGCGAUUUCCGACGUCUCGAAGAAAUACGAUGGUUCGAGUUGCCAGGCAUCGGAGAGGAGGCGACAGCGUCACGCAGCAGCGUGCGUCGUUGCCAAAAGUGCGCCGUCGGAAUCCCGUGCAGCUUCGAGAUGAAAACGUAGACGACGGUAAAGGUGCAUUUGCCCAUAGAAGCCCCGCCGCGUAGUGGUGCGACACCUCAAAACAUAAACAAAAAAUUUGCGGUGUAAUGAAAUUGUUGCGUCGUACGCCUCAUAUCAUCAUCUUUUUUUUUCUCGGUGUAACGAAGUAGUUUUGGACCCCAUUUUCAAUUUGAUACGAGGUUUUGGUAAUUUUGCACGCACGUACCAGCCUCGUUUGUGAGCGAAACAAUUGCAGAGGUUCUUCUGCCCUGAUCCAGGUGUCUCCGAACUAGUUCCGUCAUCGCAGAAAGAACCCUGCCGUACUGCGCAUUUCAUUGGAGCUAUUCUGGUAGGGUUUUGAGAAAUGGGAAAUUCGGCCAUCCAAGUUAAAAACAGAUGUGACCGCAGGCGGGUCAUUGGAGUCACUCUAGCACUGAAUCCGGACGAUGUUGCCCCCUUGUCGUCCGACGUGCAUCGAGAGCAUUUAUUUUGGGGGCUCUUGUCUUUUUUCUGGGGACCCUAGAAGCCGUCCUCAACUUCGUUGAAAAAAUGAAAAGGCCACCUGGGAAAAGACCUAGUCGGCGCCUGCUUCUGUUCCUAGCACGCGUGUUCUCUUUGUUUAUGCCUCAUUGGUUUUUCGAACCGAGGGCUCUAGAAGGAAAAGGCAUUUCUGCCCAUAGAGCCCUUUGCCCAUUACAGUCCAGAAGCAGCAGUAUCUCGAAAAACACUGAAGAAAGCAGAAUAUAAAAGUGCAGUUACAACGCAUGCACGAACAUAACUGGCACAUGCUGGUGAGAAAAUCGAACAGUCAUCCUGGCCUACACGGCCGGAAUGAGCACGGUUCACUCUGACUGUGUAAACAAGAAGUGCAAAUUACUCGUUUAUUUCUGCUGCAGCUUUUGACUGGGCCUUGCGUUGAAUCGGUGUAGCACCGAGUGCUCGUCGCAAAAGUGUGCGAGAAAUUUUGUUAGUCUUUGGAGAUAAAUCUUGGAUAUAAUGAAAGAUGUGAAGUGAAUAAGGAAGCCUUAGUACAUCCCAGCGGUAGCGAAACUUAACUGUGGCGUUGGGGGGACGUCCUCCCUGAAGUGCCCACUCCGGCAAAGCAUUGUGAUUUUUCUUUGUCUUGAGAAGAGUUCAUUGUGUCUUGGAAAGUGCAAUAGUGCUGUUCAUGGAGCUUUAGCCAAAUAUUUCUGGAAUAGAGCGUAUAACUUCAUUAUUGUUAUUAUUUUCUAAUCGAGUUAAAGCGAUGAUAGUGCUCAUUAGCCUAGAGCUUAUAAAUUGCCUAUAGAAUGGUACUUUUUAUGCCGCGCGAUGGGACAUGGUUCUCGGUUGCCAGUGUCUCGCUUGCGACGAAAGAAAACUAGGAUCGGCGCCAUUUUUGUGGUUUUGAAGGGAAAUUAGUCUUUGCAACGAGCGUCUGGAAUUCCAGUGUCACGAUUGAAAUUAAGUAACAUCUGCCAAGGCGACGUGCUUUUGAGGGGCGAGUGGCCUUUGAAGAGCAGGAGGAGUGUAGACUCGGUAAUUUGGAAGUUUUGGUUGAUUCGAAGUGCAAGUGCGGUCUCGGGAAUUGUAUAUGGAGUGCUAUGGAGAACGUUGCCGGUUAGUUUCAAGGCUACACCUCAGGACCUAGAUGAUUGGAAGGUUUUUCGUUUUGUUUUUAUAUGUUUUAGAGACCCAGGGUGAGCUGUGAUUAUGUCAGCCACAUCACCCCAUAAUUUAACCACUCUGAAUUAUGUAUUGACGUGUGGCUGCCACGCACUUUUUCUUUAUGGGCCCCUAACCAGUGUUUUCUCGAGUGCCGCUCAUCGAGCAUCUGUGUGUUCAAGCCCACCGUCGUGGCGUCGCCACAUCGACGCCACUUGUUUCGUAGCCUCCCGUAGCAAUCCCGUUCGGUCCAAGCACUUCCCGGUCCUGUGGUCACCGGCAGGGUUAAAACUGCAGGGCGUCUCUUUCGGGCCUCCUGCACGUGCUCGUAGCUUGCGACGCGCCGAAGCGUCGGCGAAGGUGGGAAGCUCUCGCUGGAGACAGGAUGCCCGAAAGACCUUUCUGCCGUUGCUAUCCUGUCGGGAACUACAGCAUGCGCCACCAAAGGCACCUCGAGCUUGACGAGGGUUAAGAGGUGGUGCGGUGCAAUGGCUGGGGUGGCCUACUGCGGCAGUAUGGUGGCGGCGACGUUCACCCACCUCAGUUGCAAACCCAAACGGUCCAGGCCGACGACGCACGACGGGGGCUUUAUUCUGGACACUUAGCAAAAAAAGUCUGCGAAGAAUUCGACAGCCGCGAUUAGAGGGCGCCAAGGUCGAGCGCAGCACCGGCCAAUCACGGCUGCUGGAUUCCUCGCCGUCAUUUUCGCCAAAUGUCCGGAUUAGAGCCCCGGGUCUGGGCUGACAAUGUGCAGCGGGUCGGGCACAGGUCGGGCUGGGCCGUUUGCCUCAAGUGUAGGGUAAGGCUACCUACCGUACGUGCUGUUCAAUCAUGCCGCUCUCCAACUGCUUAGAGUAACAGCCUGUGGCUAAAGGGCUGUCCUCUGAAAGCUUGCCAACUCUGAGGAGGCUGCUUCCAAUUUGGUCGGCAGCGAUGCAAUGUUGAAUCGCUGCGCAAUGCUAUUUGGAUUGAAACAUUCCAAUGAAGAUCUACCAUGGGCGUUUUGCGUACUCUGUUUUGCUGUCGCCAGCAAAUGCUUUCCAGUUCGUUUGCUGUUGCUUCCUGGGGUUCCUCAGAGUUCCUGCCCAGUGUCGAGACCUCAGAUAUUUUUUUUCUCCGCUGGAAGUGUGGUUUGCACGUAGUCGGAGACAUUGUGAUGUGGGUCCCACUUGCUCAUGUGGGACAUUCAACUUGCGCUUUUUUUGUGCAUUUCAAUCGUGUCAAAACAUUGUUGGUUGCUUUACUGGUUUUGUACUAAGCACAAGGCCUACGAGGGUACCGUUCUUUCGAAACUGCUGCCGCUGAGAAUUUGACUCCUACUGCAGACAUGUCCAGCACUUUGAUUGGCCCGUUAGAGGCAAGCCCGACGACCGGGAUCUUUAAACAAUGUUUUUAUUCAUAGAAUUGAGCCAGCAUGACUUUUAUCAAUGCCACACCUUUUUAUGUCUUAUAGUGUCGCUCACAUUUGUAGUGCUGUGUAUUUGAGAAUGUUCCAACGGCAUACCCCAUUUUGUUGUCGGAAAGCAAACAUCGAGGAACCAUUUCGGCAUAUGUCACGUAUUUAUUAUCGAGUAAAUAUUGUAUUAUUUCAGCAGA